AUGGUCAUUGCUGACACAUUUAACCAUCGUAUCAUUCAAUGGAAGAUCGGUGAUACCAAUGGACAAGUAGUAGCUGGUGGCAAUGGCAAAGGAAAUCGAUUGGAUCAAUUGGAUCGACCAACUGAUAUGUUGAUUGACAAAGAUACGGAUAGUCUCAUUAUCUGUGACUGGGGAAAUGAACGAGUCCUACAAUGGUCUCGUCGUCGUGGCACAACUCAAGGGAAAAUUCUUUUCGAGAACAUCACUUGUCAGGGAUUGGUAAUAGAUGAUCAGAGAUAUCUCUACAUAUCUGACAGCCGAAAACAUGAAGUAAGACGAUAUCAAAUAGAAGGCAAGAAUUGGACUGUCGUAGCUGGUGGUCAUGAUAGAGGUAGCGGUUUCAAUCAACUCAAUUUGCCGACCUUUGUCUUUGUCGAUCGACAACAGGCUGUCUAUGUGUCGGACAGCUCGAAUCAUCGUGUGAUGAAAUGGAAUAAAGGUGCAAAAGAAGGAAUAGUUGUCGCAGGAGAUCGAGGUCAAGGAGAGGCUCUGACACAGCUAUCGUGGCCUAAUGGACUGUUCGUUGAUCAGUUGGGUACCAUCUAUGUGGCAGAUUGGGGAAACCACAGAGUGAUGCGGUGGCUUAAAGAAGCAAAACAAGGCACUGUCAUUGUGGGUGGAAAUGGUCGGGGACAAGAAGCAAAUCAGUUCAACUCUCCCACGGAUUUGACUUUCGAUCGACAUGGCCAUCUCUAUGUCGUUGAUUAUGGAAACCAUCGAGUUCAACGUUUUGCUAUCGAAGAAACUCAUCAGCAUAGUUGA